AUGGAGUUGGUAUUAACUCUUGGGUUCUCUACAAAUGCUCAAAAGCAAAUAAAUCUUAUAGAUGAACAUUUGAAAAUGCGCUUACAAACACCAACUUUGAAGAGGGAUAUAAAGGAGAGUAUCGCGGCGAUUCUCACGCAACCCAUGCCUGUCGAUUCUUCUGGGUCUGAACGUCACACACAGGGGCGUUGUGGUUUCUGUCCGAGAAACAGGGAUCGGAAGAGCAAGACCAGGUGCACCAAGUGCAAAAUUCCAAUUUGCUUGGAACACCAAGUUAAAGUAUGCCAAAAGUGCUCAAAUUGA